ACCAAUACUUUCUCUCUCUAAAACGCAGUUCCUCCCUCUCUCUCUCUCUAUAACUUUCUCUGUUUGAUCAAAGGGAGAAGAAAAAAAUGAGAGGUUCCACAGUUUUUCAGAGAGUUUCUAGAGCUUUCCAUGACCAUCCAUCGCUCUCGAAACUGCUUGUGGUCGUCACUGUCAGUGGUGGAGGGCUUGUGGCUUAUGCCGAGGCAAACCAAGUUAACAGCCCCCAAAUCACAAAUGUAUCUGAGGUGGAUAGCAAGAAAAAGAAAGUCAUUGUACUUGGCACAGGCUGGGCUGGAACAAGUUUCCUGAGGAAUCUGAGUAAUCCCUCCUAUGAGGUUCAGGUUGUAUCGCCUCGUAAUUAUUUUGCUUUCACCCCUUUGCUUCCAAGUGUUACAUGUGGUACAGUGGAAGCUCGCAGCAUUGUGGAACCUGUUCGUAACAUUGUCAGGAAGAAAAAUGUAGAUGUUCAAUUCUGUGAAGCAGAAUGUAUCAAAAUUGAUGCAAAAAACAAGAAAAUCUAUUGCCGAUCUAAUCAAAACAACAAUUUGAAUGGACAAGAAGAAUUUGUUUUGGACUAUGACGUGCUUGUAAUAGGUAUUGGAGCCAAUGUUAAUACAUUCAAUACCCCUGGCGUGAUGGAGCACUGCCACUUCUUGAAGGAAGUUGAGGAUGCUCAAAAGAUCAGAAGAACCGUUAUUGACUGCUUUGAAAGGGCUUGCCUACCAACUGUGAGCAAUGAAGAGAAGAAGAGGAUUCUUCAUUUCGCUAUUGUUGGUGGUGGCCCAACUGGUGUGGAGUUUGCUGCAGAGCUUCAUGAUUUUGUUAAUGAGGAUUUGGUCAAACUGUAUCCCGGGGUGAAAGAUCUUGUAAAAAUCACUCUUUUAGAGGCAGGAGGUCAUAUUCUGGGAAUGUUUGACAAAAGAAUUACAGCUUUUGCUGAACAAAAGUUUCAAAGAGAGGGCAUUGAUGUGAAAACAGGAUCAAUGGUUGUCAAAGUAUCUGAUAAAGAAAUAUCUACCAAAGAAAUGAAAACAGGCGAAAUUUCUACCAUACCUUAUGGGAUGGUUCUCUGGUCAACUGGUAUUGGAACGCGCCCUGUGGUAAAAGAUUUUAUGAUGCAAGUUGGUCAGGCUAAUAGGCGAGCACUGGCGACUGAUGAAUGGCUGCGAGUUGAGGGAUGUGACAACGUAUAUGCCCUUGGUGAUUGUGCUACCAUCAAUCAGCGAAAAGUCAUGGAAGAUAUUUCAGCAAUAUUUACCAAGGCAGACAAGGACAAUUCAGGAACACUUACAGCGAAAGAAUUUGAAGAAGUCCUUACUGACAUCUGUGAAAGAUACCCUCAGGUGGAGCUUUAUCUGAAGAGCAAGCAGAUGGGCGAUAUUGUUGACCUUUUAAAGGAAUCAAAGGGGGAUGUUUCAAAAGAAUCCAUAGAACUGAAUAUUGAAGAAUUUAAAGCAGCUCUUUCUCAAGUGGAUUCCCAGAUGAAAUUUCUUCCAGCUACAGCUCAGGUUGCAGCCCAGCAAGGUGUUUACCUAGCUAAAUGUCUCAACCGUAUCGAAGAGUGUGAAAAAAAUCCAGAAGGUCCUCUCAGGUUCAGGGGAUCAGGUCGCCACAGAUUCCGUCCCUUUAGGUACAAACAUCUUGGACAAUUUGCUCCAUUGGGGGGAGAGCAAACAGCAGCUCAACUUCCUGGAGAUUGGGUUUCUAUUGGCAAGAGCUCUCAGUGGCUCUGGUAUUCUGUGUAUGCAAGCAAACAAGUCAGCUGGCGUAACAGAGCACUUGUGGUUUCGGACUGGACAAGGCGUUUCAUUUAUGGGAGAGACUCUAGCCGCAUAUGAGGAUGUUGACAACCCUUUCCUAGCCUGCUGCAAAUCAUUCAUGUCUCCAAUUUUUGACAAUAAAAAGAGAAAAGUUUUUGUUUUCUUAAAUUAAAUUCUUCAUUAUAUUCAAAAACAGUAGUCAGCCGCUGUUGCAAUAAUGUUUCAAUCUCUAUAUUCUGAUUUUGUCCUUUGUAAAAUGUACUUAUCAAGAUUCAAAAGACGAGUCUUUAGGUUAAACAACUGUCAUUUUUAGGAUAAAUUUUGGCUUACGAACUUAAUGAUUUUUUUGUUGUAUUGUAUUCCGUUCGCUUCAAUUUCAGUAGUUGUUGAGUAAUAGCAACUCCAACUACUAGUUAUUUUUUUUAAA